ACUACCAAAACAAAUUAUUGUUCGCUUCUUUUUCUGUUUCCUGUGUUUGAGGAUAAACAAAAGUAGGCAACCGGAAAUCUUAAAAUUAUUUAAACAGUAACAAUCAAUCGUAUUCAAUUCCUGGUUGAUUAAUAAGAAGAUACAUCUCGUAAUGUGGGAAAGUUAGUCAUUAUUAUAUAAGAUAUCUGUUUCUGAAUUUCUAAUCUAAGAGGUCUCUUGAAAUUUUAUAAUAUUAGCCAUUGACAAUAUUAAGAUUGAAUUUGACAUUAAACGUUUAUUUACGAAAUAUGGGUGAAGAAAUUUACACAGAUAAGUGCAAUUUAGAGAAACAAACUCUUCAUAUUGAAGGAAAACCAAAUUCAUGUUUUAUUUGUAAUAAAUUUUUCAGGAAUAAAAGCAGUUUGAAGCAUCACUAUCUUGUUCAUGCUGGAGAAAAACCUUAUUCAUGUAGUGUGUGUGAUAAAGCAUUCACACAAAAAGGUCAUUUAAAUGAACACUCUCUUAUUCAUACAGGUGAAAAACCCUAUUCGUGCAAUGUAUGUGAUAAAACAUUCUCACAGAAAGCUAAUUUAAAAAAACAUGCACUUGUUCACACUGGGGAGAAACUUCAUUCUUGCAGUGUAUGUUUUAAGACAUUCAAACAGAAAGUUACUUUAGAGAAACAUUCUCUCAUUCAUACAGGAGAGAAGUCUUAUUCAUGCAAUGUAUGUAACAAAACAUUCGCACAUAAAUGUAAUUUACAGAAUCAUUCAUUUGUUCAUACUGGAGAGAAACCUUAUUCAUGCAGUGUUUGUUCUAAAUCUUUUGCACGUAAAGCUAAUUUAAAACAACACCAUCUUGUUCAUAGUGGAGAAAAACCAUAUUCAUGCAGUUUGUGCUAUAAAACAUUCUCACAGAAAGGUCAUUUAAAUAAACACUCUAUUGUUCAUAAUGCAGACAAGCCGUAUUCAUGCAGUGAGUAUAAUAAACCUUUCGCUCAAGAAAGAAACUCAAACCGACACCUCUUUGUUGAUAGUGGCCAAAAACCUAAUUUAUGCAGUAUAUGUAAUAAAUCUUUUAAACAAAAAUUUAAUUUAAAUAAACAUUUUCUUGUUCAUACUGGAGAAAAACCUUUUUCUUGUAAUGUAUGUGAUAAAAAAUUUUCACAGAAAGCUAAUUUGAAGAAACACUAUUUUAUUCAUUCUGGAGAAGAGCCUUAGUAACGUAGUUAGGUUAUAAAACUUUUGCAUACAAAAGAAAUUUUAAUAAAUGCUAUUUUGUUUAUACUUUAGAUUAGCCAUAUUUAAUCAGUCAAGCAUAUUCACAGAAAACCUAUUUAAUGGACACUAUUGUAAUCAUAUUGUCUUCAUUCAUGUAGUGUAUGUUGUAAAUCUAUCGUGCAUAAUGUAUUCUUAUUCUUAGUGGAGAUAAAAUAUUCCCACAUGGACAAAUUUCAAAUGAACAUUUUAUACUUCAUACUGGAGAAAAACCUUAAUAGUGUAAUGUGAUAUAUCUUUUGCUAAAUUUUAGCUUAAAUAAACUUUCUUUUUAUCAUA